CACCAGUGAAUUCAGCUCCUCUUCAUCGCAUUCAUCAGCAGCGGCGGCGGCGGGCGGCGGCGGGCGGCGAAGAUGGUGAAGUUUCUAAAACCAAACAAAGCCGUAAUCAUUCUCCAAGGCAAAUACGCCGGGCGAAAAGCAGUAAUCAUUCGUGCAUUCGAUGAAGGAACAAGAGAUCGACCAUACGGCCAUUGUUUAGUUGCAGGUAUAAGCAAAUACCCGAAAAAAGUGAUCCGAAAAGAUUCAGCCAAAAAACAAGCGAAGAAAUCACGAGUUAAGGCUUUUAUUAAGCUCGUUAAUUACAAUCACAUUAUGCCGACUCGUUAUACACUUGAUGUGGAUCUGAAGGAUGUUGUUAAUGUCGAUGUUCUUCAGUCUCGUGAUAAGAAGGUUACUGCUGCUAAAGAGGCGAAAGCUCGGCUUGAGGAACGAUUCAAAACUGGGAAAAAUCGUUGGUUUUUUACUAAGCUUAGGUUCUGAUCUCUUAAUUUUUGCUUUAAAAUUGAGGUUUUGUCUCUGUUAUUGAAGAGAUCAAUGGGCGAUACUGUUAUUAAUAUUAUCAAAUAGUAGUAGUUAAUGCGAGUCUGUUUUGUCUUUGAACAAUUUCUUAAAAUGAAGAAUAUCCAGAUUUGCUUUA